GGAUAUGAGGAGUGGUUUUCCGCGGUGGUUGGAAAACGAUGGGUGUUUAAAUCAAAGUUUAUGUUGGUGGCAUUUGGGGUCGGGGCAGGUUGUGUGGGUGGUUUUGGGGGUCGACGGUGGGUUAGGUGGAGUGCUUAAGGGUCGAUCGACCGUUUUUUGGUGGUUAAGGGAGUGGCCGGCUGUUUUCUGGCGAGAAAAGGGGAGGGGGCUAGGGUUUGGCGGUGGUGGGAAGGUGGCUGGGAAAAUUUGGGUUUUUUUUUGUUUUUUUUUUAUAAUUUUUUUAUUUUAUUUUAUUUUUUAAGAAUUAAAAUAAAUAGACUAAUCAUAUCAUGACAUGUGUCAUGAUUAGACCCUAAUGACUAACGAAGUUAACGACUUGUAGUCAUUAAUGACACUCGGUGAAUUAUUUAAAAAAUGAGUGGCAUUUGGUGAAUUCUGAAAAGUCCGAUGACAUUUGGUGAAUUUUUAAAUUUGUGGCAUUUGGUGAAAUAGCCAAAAAAAAAAUCUAUUUUUUUUUUAAAAAAACCCAUCAGCCAGCCCCAACGAACACCCUAAGGUUCUAACCCAACCUUCGGCAGCCCCUCCUCCACCGCCGAACCCCAUCCCCAGAGCUGAAACCCCCAUUCCCACCAUUACUUAGAAAAAAACCGGCCCAAUUCCAACCCUUAUACCCAUGAAAACCAUCAAGCCCUUAAUAUCAAUGAAUAUAAGGAAAAAAUUAUUCAAUGAAUCAAUUUCUUCAAGGGAUGGCUAGGCUUGAGGUUGAAUAUGGGUAAGAGUUUCGAGAUUUUACGGAGUAUUUUAUAAAUCCGUGCAUUGUACUUGCUAGAAUUAUUACUCUCUUUCUCCCGUUUCCCUCUCUUACCCUUCUAUUCAACCUCCUUGUCCUUCGUCUUCAAGCUCCGACACUCUCUUAGCUAUGGAUUCCGACUUCGACUUCGACUUCGACAUCGACAUAGACACCGACUUAGACUCCGACUUCAGUGACUCCAUCUCAGCCAAAACCAAAAGCAAAGGGAAAAAGAAAACCAACAAAGUAGAUAAAAACAAAACCAACAGAAAACAGAGAAAAACUACAGCAACACCAGAACCUUCUUUCAAUCACUCCACUACUACUCAAACUACGACUACUACUUCUACCGACGAUAAUUCGGAAAUUAAAGUUUCAACGUUUGAUUAUUCAAUCGAGAAUCAUUUUAGGUUUAUUGAUUCAAUCAACAAUCUUUGCGGUCGAGGCGGAAAUUCCAGUUUCAUUGAUACCGAAAUUGAACGCUUAGCAUCGACAAUCACUUUCCUCAGUGAAUGGAGGUAUUUCAAUUACAAACCAAAAACUAUUCGGUUUGAUUCUGAAUUUGAGCAUCCUGAUGGCGAUAAAGCCUGUAAUGAGAUAACUUUAUCUCAAUUCUCAGCUGCUACGGUGCCAAAGUGUGAUACGGAGGCGAAUAAAGUUCCUGGUGCUGUGUUGUCUAGUGAUUCCAGGAAAGACUUUGUAUUAUAUGUUGGUGGACUAGUUUGGUCAUUGGAUUGGUGUCCUAGGACUGAUCAAGGAAUAGAAUCUGGUGUAAAAUGUGAGUUUCUUGCUGUUGCUGCCCAUCCUCCCGAUUCAACAUAUCACAAGCUAGGAAAUCCCCUUAAUGGACGAGGGAUGAUUCAGAUUUGGUGUCUAUUAAAUUCUACAGAAAAGGAAGCUAUGCAAGCUUCUGCAGGGAGCAUAAAACGGAAAUAUCAAACAAAUAAAGCUGCAAAGAAGGGAGAGAUUAAUGUCAGUAAACCUGUAACACCUAGAGGAAGACCUAGAAAGAAUCCAAUAGAGAAACCUGCCACUGAUCCUGAAAUGCAGAUCAGUAAAGAUCUUGUUGUGCAGCUUCCAGAAAAUACCAUGCUGAGCUCUCACUCCUCCCAGGACAUAUUAACUCCCAUUAGUCAAUCAGAAGAAAAACAUCAAAAUAUUGUGGUUUCAAAGGAAGAAAAUAAACAAAAGAAACCCAGAGGAAAAGCUAGAAAAAAUCCAAUAAGUAGUUCCUCAAUUGAAGAUUCUGAAGGCCAGUUUAUUCCAGCUCUUGCUGUUCAGCUUCCAGAGCCAUUUAAUGUGCCUCCUGUUGAUGAAUAUAUAGUCAGUGACCCUUGUGCAAAGAAAGUAAAGAAAAGAAAAAGGAAAGAUGUUCAUAAUGAAAAUAUUAUAACGAAUGAAAAUGCUGGAAUAUCCAAUUCCGAAGGGCUGUCUUUUCAAGUUCUUGCCACUGAAAUUCCAGAAAGUAUGAAGAAUGUAUCCCCAACUGAAGAUAUCUUAUUGAAUACUUCAGGGCCUCUUGAAGAAACAGGUAAAAGGCGUACCAGUAAAAGAGUACUUGGAACUGAUCUGGAUUGCACUCUUGCAGUGUUGAGGAGAAGGUCUAGAAACAAGUCAAAAACAUGUAAUAACUUAGAUCAUGACAACAUUGGGUUGCCAACAGAAAAUUUGGGCAAAGGACCUUCUUUAGCAAGCAUAGAAGAAAAUCUCUGUCAAAAAGACAAUAUGGUAUCGAAAGAACAUGUCAUGGGUGACAGUUAUCUUGGUUUCGGUGACAGUCAUGUCCUAAAAGAUGAUGUUCUUCCUAGAGUUGUCUUGUGCCUGGGUCAUGAUGGAAAAGUUGCAUGGGAUGUGAAAUGGCGGCCCCUUAAUGCUGAUGAGUCUGUUAACGAGCAUAGGAUGGGCUAUCUUGCUGUUGUUCUUGGGAAUGGAUCUGUGGAAGUGUGGGAAAUUCCUUCUCCUCAAGUAAUUAAUCGUAUUUAUGCAUCUCGACAUGCAAAAGGCCCAGAUCCUCAAGAUCCUCGUUUUGCUAAAUUGAAGCCUGUAUUUCGAUGCUCAAUAUUGAAGUAUGGUGUUAGACAGAGUAUGCCUCUGACUGUGGAAUGGUCGGCUUCCCCUCCACACGAUUUUUUAUUGGCUGGAUGUCAUGAUGGAGUGGUUGCUUUGUGGAAGUUUUCAGUAGAUGUUCAAUCUGAAGAUAUCAGACCUCUGUUGUGCUUUAGUGCAGAGACAAGUCCUAUUAGAGCCCUUACUUGGGCCCCAUUUGAAGGUGACCCAGAGAGCUCAAAUAUUAUUGUCACUGCUGGGCAUGGAGGGCUGAAGUUCUGGGAUUUGCGUGAUCCGUUCCGGCCUUUGUGGGAUGCAAAUCCUUCACAACGUUUCAUUUAUGGUCUUGAUUGGGUGCCUGAUCCAAGAUGUGUACUUGUAUCCUAUGAUGAUGGAACACUACGGAUGCUUAGUAUAUCACGAGCUUCAUAUGAUGUUCCUGUUACUGGACAGCCUUUUAGUGGAACACAGCAACAAGGAUUGCACAGUUAUUAUUGCUCAUCAUUUGCCAUUUGGAAUAUUCAUGUGUCACGACUAACAGGGAUGGUUGCAUAUUGCUGUGCAGAUGGAACUGUACUCUAUUUUCAGCUAACACAUAAAGCAGUGGACAAAGAUCCAUUGAGAAAUCGGGCCCCACAUUUUAUCUGCAGUUCAUUUUCAAGUGAAGAAUCAGCAGUCACUAUGAACACUCAGUUACCAAGUUCUCCACAGCCAAUGAGAAAGUCAGCAACUGAAUGGGCAAAUACGCCUAGACCUGCAAGAACUGUUGCAACGGGUUUAAAUCAGGCAAAAAGGACUAGAAAAGGGACUGAAAAAGGCCAAAAACCAGAUGAUCAGGUUCUUGCAUUGUGUUACGGUGAUGAUGCUGAAGGUGUAGACACAAAUGAGGCUCAGACGAGUGUGAAAGCUGGAAAAGGAAAAUCAAUCAAAUCGAGAAAGUCUAGUGAUGAUCAAGCACUGAUAUGUGCGGAUAGAGAUGGGGAGAGUAUUGAUGGAAAACCAGAGCCCAAAGCAGAAGUAGUUGCUGAAAUCGAUGUUUUUCCUCCAAAGGCGGUCUCUAUGAAUAAAGUGAGAUGGAACAUGAAUAAGGGAAGUGAGAAAUGGUUGUGCUAUGGAGGAGCAGCUGGAAUAGUGCGGUGUCAGGAGAUCGUUGCCCCUGAGUUUGAUAAGAAACUUUUAAGGAGGUAACUCCGAGAUUUAAUUCCUGUUUGUAGAGUGCUAGGUUUGUAUUAAUUGUAUAUAUUGGGAUACUAGUCUAUGCAGUUUUUCUGCCCUCCAGUAUUGGGUCUCCA